AUGGAGUUGCCGGUUGUCGAUCUGUCGAGUUACCUAGAAUUCUCCGGUGGUGAAGUGGGAACUCAUCUUCUCGAGUCUUGCCGAGAGGUGAGUCGGAUCCUCAGUGAAACCGGAGCCCUGCUGGUGAAAGAUCCGAGAUGCAGCGUUCAAGACAACGAUCGAUUCAUUGAUAUGAUGGAGAAUUACUUCGAAAUGCCUGAUGAUUUCAAGCGAUUGCAGCAGAGACCUAAUCUGCACUAUCAGGUUGGUGUGACACCGGAGGGAGUUGAGGUUCCAAGAAGCUUGGUUGAUGAAGAGAUGCAAGAGAAAUUGAAGGCAAUGCCCAGUGAGUACAAACCACACACUCCUAAGGGACCAGAUCACAAGUGGAGAUACAUGUGGAGAGCAGGUCCUCGCCCAUCAAACACACGCUUUAAGGAGCUCAACUCAGAGCCUGUCAUACCACAAGGUUUUCCAGAAUGGAAAGAAAUAAUGGACUCAUGGGGUUACAAGAUGAUAUCAACUGUGGAGCUUGUUGCUGAAAUGGCAGCAAUCGGCUUUGGUUUACCCAAGGAUGCAUUUACAUCCCUCAUGAAGCAGGGUCCCCAUCUUCUUGCUCCAACUGGUAGUGAUCUUAGCUGUUACAACGAGGAGGGCACGAUCUUUGCAGGAUAUCACUAUGACCUCAAUUUUCUAACAAUUCAUGGAAGAAGUAGAUUCCCUGGUCUAUACAUUUGGUUAAGGAAUGGGGAAAAAGUUGCGGUUAAAGUUCCCCUAGGCUGCCUCUUGAUUCAAACUGGAAAGCAGAUUGAAUGGCUGACUGCUGGAGAAUGCAUUGCGGGAAUGCAUGAAGUUGUUGUCACGAGCAAGACUAUAGAUGCAAUCAAAUUAGCAAAAGAACAAAACCGAAGCCUAUGGAGAGUAUCUUCGACUUUGUUUGCCCACAUUGCCUCUGAUGCUGAGCUGAAACCUUUGGGACAUUUUGCGGAAUCGUCACUGGCGAGUAACUAUCCGGCGAUACCCGCAGGAGAGUAUGUUGAACAAGAGCUUUCUGUCAUCAAUCUAAAAGGGAAAACGGGAUUUUCAUAA